GGCUGCCUGCGUCCCAUUUGUAGGAUGCAUACGUCAUCAUGACGGUCAUAUUUCAAAAUAUUAACAAUUAUAAAGUUAACUCUUAUUCUUAGUUAAUCGUAAACUGUUGUAAUCUGUUUAUGACCUGCGAAUGUGGUGCUCGGUUAACUGAAAUAAACCAGGCUUAAUGACGUAUGCGACCUCAGGAGGAUUUUUUUUUACCUCAGGAGGAUGCAGCCUUCCGAUUGAGAAACGGCCAUAGUGUAAACGAGUUAUGUAGAUAUUGCGAAUCGUUACUUCCGUGUUUUUGUGUCUUCUGCUGUGUGUUCCACGUGAAUCAUGACAGAGCUUCUGUUGAUCGCGGGUAUUUGCAUUGCUGUGCUGAUAAUAUUUCGACAAUUUGUAAUUGGGGCAAAAUGUAAAAGCAAGACAAAACUCCAUGGCAAAACUGUCAUCGUAACAGGCAGUAACACGGGUAUAGGUAAAGCGACAGCAGUGGAGCUAGCAAAGAGAGGAGCCAGAGUCAUUUUAGCCUGCCGAAACCAAGUGCGCGGAGAGGUUGCUGCUACAGUUGUUAAACGAGAAAGUGGAAGUAAAAAUGUGGCGUUCAUGCAGCUGGAUUUGGCCAGUUUGAAAUCCGUGCGCUCCUUUGCAGAAGCUUUUCUUAAAACAGAGGAUAGACUGGAUAUUCUCAUCAACAAUGCAGGAAUCUCUUUGCAGGGAACUACAGAGGAUGGUCUCGGUCUCAUGUUUGGUGUCAAUCAUAUCGGUCAUUUCCUCCUGACUAAUUUGCUGCUGGAUAGAUUGAAAGAAUGUGCACCAAGCCGCAUUGUCACAGUAUCUUCAUAUGUUCACAAUUUUGGUAAACUGGACUUUGACUGUCUUCGCAAACACAAGGAGUUUGGGGUGGGGGAGAGUUUCAUUGAUAUCUUAAAGAUCUAUGCGCACAGCAAACUGUGCAAUGUGCUGUUCACACAUGAGCUUGCAAAGAAGCUACAAGGAAGCAAUGUGACCUGUUACAGCCUUCAUCCAGGUGCCGUAGACACAGAUUUGGCUCGUUAUAUGAAUAAAACGUUAAGGAGGUUUGUAUACAGGCCCAUCGCAGCUCUGUUUUUUAAGGAUGUGGAAGCCGGUUCCCAGACGACUCUACACUGUGCCCUGCAGGAGGGCAUUGAAUCCCUGAGCGGCAGGUAUUUCUCCAAUUGUGCCGUGCAGAAGGGAACGGACAAAGCACAGGAUGAUGCUGUGGCCAAGAAGUUAUGGGAAGUGAGUGAGACUUUAAGUGGCUUGUCAUGAAGUUACAACAGUCACAGUACAACAUCCGAUCUACUUCAGUCUACAGCUAUUAUGACAGCUAUGCAAAUCCAAAGGUGCACUUGGUCUAGUUCUUAAACAUGAUUAAAAAUUCUUCUUCAAUCACAUUUAGCAAAUAUAAUUUUCUGUUUAAUUUUUGUAAUGGAAAAGAACAUAUGAUCGAUCUGAACAGUUACAUAGUGCUUAGCUUAUUUUAAAGCACAUCAGUUUAUACAGAUGGUCCACAUAAGUUUACAUUUGAAUUGAAUUUGUGGUCUUAUGUGAAAUAAAGUUAUUUGGAAACAUUUAAAAUGGUGAUUUUUGUUUUUAUAUAGAUUUGGUGGUGUAAUUAUAUUAUAGUAAUUUCUGUUUUGAAAGCAUUUCAACCUUUGGCUUAGUUGCAGUGAAACUGGUAAUGUGAGGCAGUGUUUAGACAAUGAUUAACUAGCAUAGUUUAUAACAUUAUCUCAGCAAUUCAGAUUUGUUUCACUUUCUUUUAUACUCUACUGUCACAUAAUGUAUUUUAAUACAGCUGAGAGAUCAAUACAGUAUUUACAUUUCUGACACUGGAAGUAUGAAAUUACUAAACGUGACCCUUAAAUACUGUGUUAACAAGCGGUCACAUCCACUAAACUGAUAAAUUCAUGAUUUAUAGCCACAACGUGGUGGGGUGGUUUCAGGCUCACUGUAAGUAACGGAUGCUUUACACAAACAGAAACCGUAAAACACAUCUUUGUUAACAGGAAGUGUAAAAAUAUUUUUAGUUUAUUUUAAAACUGGUGAAAAGCAGUCUGGGUAAUUAAUGGUAAACAAUGCAAGGUGUGGUUCGGUUUAAAGAACAAUAGGCGUGAAUCUGUAUAUAGCUAAUAGCACCUUUGUGGGUUUUGGUUUCGUUUUUAUUUAAUGUAACCGUCAUAACGCUAUAUUUGAAAUAUAUAAAAAAAAACUACAUUAUGUAUCUUUUAUAUUUUUUCCUUAAUUACUCUAUUUAUUAAAAAACUUUCCUCUAAUUAAAACACUUACUUUUUCAGUAACACCGGAUGGCACUUACAUGUAAUUUCAGUGUUUGUAUUUCACUGCUUGCAUAGGCUAAAAUCUUUAAACCAAUAAUGUUACAAAUGUAACCUCUUAAGUUGUAAAUUUAAUCACGUUAAAAAUUAUAUUGUGCAAAGAUGCAUGUGGUUACAGACCAAUCUGACCAUGCUAUAAGGAAAAGACAAAGUAAGAGAUAGACAAGGGGACCUGGUCGGGUUUAUGUGAAAAAAAAUGAAGAAAAAAUGCUUCAUUAGGCUCAUUCAGUUCUUUGUUUGUGGAUGUGUGUGUGGGUCACAUUAAGGAUGUUGUUCUUCUUUUAUGUGCACGAUAUUCAUUGUGUUGGAUUUAUUGAUGGUUUUCAAACAAAUAAAACAAAAAUGGCUCUA